AUGUACCGCAUUUCUCUCGUUUUUACUCAAAAAACCCCAAAAAAUCCCAAAAAGUCCCAGAAAAUCCCAAAAAAUCCUCAAAUAGGCAAACAAAAAACAAAAAACAACACAAAAAUAAUUCACCUCACAGCACAUCAGCAAGAUCACCAACAGCAACCUACAGUCCUUGAAGCUGAGCCCGGAAUUUUCAGACGAAAUACCGAUUAG